AUGGAGAAUAAAAAAGAGUCUCGCAAGUUAGAUGUGACGUUUCAAGAUGUAGAAGACGAUAUGCAAAAACUCUUUAGAGAAGAUCCGGCUAAAGUCUAUGGAGAAUGCAAUUUUCCUAAUAGUCCACAAUCUAACAACGAUUCAUCUGUUUUGGCCAUGAAGGAUAAAAUAUUAUCGACAAUCGAAACAAGUUCCGUAAUCGUUAUUCGAGGACCAACCGGUUGUGGAAAAACCACUCAGAUUCCACAAUUUAUUCUCGAUGCCAAUAUCAAAAAGAGGCUUGACUGCAACGUUAUAGUUACGCAGCCAAGACGAAUCGCCGCGAUAAGCAUUGCCAAAAGAGUGUGUCAUGAAAGAGGUUGGCGUCUUGGCACCCUCGUGGGCUACAAAGUGGAUAUGCAACAGGAAGUCUCACCGGAAACCCGUUUAACUUAUUGCACCACCGAAAUUCUCCUGCAACAUUUGAUUCGUCAAAAGCAUUUGUUGGACUAUACGCACAUUAUAUUGGACGAAAUUCACGAACGCGAUCAAAAUUUGGAUUUUCUUUUACUUGUGAUUAAAAGAUUAUUACAAACAAAUUCCAAACAAGUUAAAAUUAUUCUCAUGUCGGCAACAAUCGACGUAACGAAAUUCGCGAGAUACUUUUCUACAAAAGUAGAAAACACGUUACGUCCAGCGCCAGUUAUCGAGAUAUCCGAGAAAAGAAAUUUUCAGAUUCGUACGUAUUAUUUGGACGAGAUAAACGAUAUGGGAAAUAUACCAAAAGUAUCCGUCGUGAAACCAAAAGUCACUCAAAGAAUGCGAGAGAUUUGCUCGUUUAUUAUCAAUAGUCUAGAUGAAAUUGAUGUGAAUGAUAACGAAGAAGACUCAAUGCCGCCUCAGAGACAUGCCGUUCUCAUAUUUUUACCAGGAAUUUAUGAAAUUGAGGAAUUAUAUAAUUACUUGUCGGUUUUCCGUGAAAAAUUGUGGGACCUAACAAUUUUGCAUUCAUUAAUUUCUGACGCUGACAAACAGCAUUGCGUAUUUCGAAAACCACCGCAAGGUUACAGACGCAUUAUACUCUCUACAAAUAUUGCCGAAAGCAGCAUUACGAUGCCUGAUGUAAAAUAUG